CCGUGCUGUUCAACGUUCAAACCCUUCCUCCUCCUCCCGGUCGCCAUUGGCGACCACCUCCAUCUCCACCCCCUUAAAUCCCUCCUCUCCUCGCCUCGCCUCUCCCCGUCCACCGCCCGCACCGGAUCCUCGCCUACCGGCACAGAGAUUCCCGCCCAAGAAGACGGGCCCCGCCACCAUCUCGGAAUCCAAGAACGAGCCGCGGGAGGCGGGGGGUGGCGGCGGCCGAGAAACCGAGGAAGGACGGUUUCAGUCGAGAAGGGAGGGAGCCCCCGGAGGUGGGCGAGAUGGUGAGGCUGCCGUACACCACGGCGCUGACGACGCUGUUCAGCUACGGCCUGCUCUUCGCGUUCGGCCAGCUCAGGGAUUUCUUCCGCAGGCUCAUCGAUUGGUUCAAGGCCAAGAACGUCAAGGGCUACGCGCCGAUCUGCCUCGGCCUGGAGGAUUUCUACGUGCGCCGCCUCUACCUGCGGAUCCAGGACUGCUUUGGUAGGCCCAUAGCAAGUGCACCAGAUGCUUGGUUUGAUGUUGUUGAGCGCUACUCCAAUGACAGUAACAAGACAUUACAGCGUACUACAAAUACGACGAGAUGCCUCAACCUAGGAUCCUACAACUAUCUUGGAUUUGCAGCAGCAGAUGAAUACUGCACUCCACUUGUUAUCGAAUCUCUCAAGAAAUACUCACCCAGCACCUGCAGUGUUCGUGUAGAUGGAGGCACUACCAAACUUCACGCUGAGUUGGAGGAAUUGGUUGCACGCUUUGUUGGAAAGCCUGCUGCUAUCCUAUUUGGCAUGGGCUAUGUUACAAACUCAGCCAUCAUUCCUUGUCUAGUAGGAAAGGGCGGGCUUAUUAUUAGUGACUCGUUGAACCAUAAUUCGAUUGUCAAUGGUGCAAGAGGAUCUGGCGCAACUGUCCGGGUUUUCCAGCAUAACUCCCCUGCUCAUUUGGAAGAGGUCCUGAGAGAGCAGAUAGCUGGUGGUCAACCACGUACACACAGACCAUGGAAAAAGAUCAUUGUAAUUGUUGAGGGUAUCUACAGCAUGGAAGGCGAGCUAUGCAAACUACCUGAGAUCAUAGCUGUAUGCAAGAAAUACAAGGCUUAUACGUAUCUGGAUGAGGCCCAUAGCAUUGGUGCAGUUGGGCAGUCUGGUCGGGGUGUUUGUGAGCUCCUUGGGGUUGAUCCAGCUGAUGUAGACAUAAUGAUGGGCACUUUCACUAAGUCAUUUGGAUCAUGUGGUGGAUAUAUUGCAGCAUCGAAGGAGAUAAUUCAGCACCUGAAGCUUAGCUGUCCAGCACAUCUUUAUGCUACCUCCAUGUCACCACCAGCAGUGCAACAAGUUAUUUCAGCCAUUAAAGUGAUCCUUGGAGAGGAUGGCUCGAACAGAGGAGCCCAAAAACUUGCACGCAUCCGUGAGAACAGCAAUUUCUUUAGGGCAGAGCUCAAGAAGAUGGGUUUUGAGGUUCUGGGUAACAAUGACUCUCCAGUUAUGCCGAUAAUGUUGUAUAAUCCAGCUAAAAUUCCAGCCUUUUCUAGGGAGUGCCUCAGACAAAAGGUUGCUGUUGUCACUGUGGCAUUCCCUGCUACACCUCUGCUCCUUGCAAGGGCGCGUAUCUGCAUUUCUGCUUCACACACCAGGGAGGACCUGAUAAAAGCCCUUGAUGUUAUCAGCAGAGUUGGUGAUCUUGUGGGCAUCAAAUACUUUCCCGCAGAGCCACCAAAGAUUGCUGAAGCUGAUCAUGAUAAGCUGGAGUAAAUGAUGAACUCAACUGGGUUAGCCCCAUGAAUGCUCAAGUUGCUGGAACCCAGUGGAUCUUGGUGACAAGCGCAUGUUGUUGAGUGGUUUCAUAGAUUUGACUUGGAAUUUUGUUGAUACUUGAGAAUCCAGAGUCUGUCUCAUUAGCUGACUACUGUUGGUUGUACAAUUACACUUCUAAAUGUGUAUAGCUGGUCGAAGUUUGAUUGUUCUAUUAUUAAUCAAUUUUCUUCAUGUAAUACUUGAUAGACGCAAUACAAAUUAAAUUAUGAGAACAUUUCUAGUGA